AUGGGAAGCAAGGGAGUGGCGCUCGCGCUGCUGCUCUGCCUGAGCAGCGCGGCCGUGGUCGCGUGGGCGCGCCCGGUCGCCACCGCCAAGGACGCCGCCGCCAACGAGAAGUUCCUCUUCCUCAAGAAGCACUUCGGCAAGGGCCUCGGAGGUGGGCUCGGGAAGGGCGGCGGCCUGGGAGGCGGCGGCGGAGGUGGCGGUCUCGGCGGCGGUGUCGGGCACGGCAUCGGCGGUGGGUUCGGCAAGGGUGGUGGCCUCGGCCAUGGCAUCGGUGGCGGGUAUGGCAAAGGUGGAGGCCUUGGCGGCGGGAUCGGCCAUGGCGUUGGCGGUGGGUACGGCAAAGGUGGCGGGCUUGGAGGCGGGAUAGGCCACGGCAUCGGCGGUGGCUACGGGAAGGGUGGCGGCCUCGGCGGAGGAAUCGACCAUGGGAUCGGUGGCGGCUACGGGCAAGGCGGUGGCCUUGGCGGCGGCGUUGGCCCCGGCAUCGGCGGCGGCGAAGGUGGUGGCUACGGAAAGGGCGGCGGUCUCGGCGGCGGGUACGGCAAGGGUGGCGGGCUCGGCGGCGGCAUCGGCCAUGGCAUCGGUGGAGGCUACGGCAAGGGCGGCGGCCUUGGCGGUGGGAUCGGCCACGGCGUCGGGGGCGGCUUCGGCAAGGGCGGCGGCCUUGGCGGUGGGAUCGGCCACGGCGUCGGGGGCGGCUUCGGCAAGGGCGGUGAUCUUGGCGGCGGAGGUGGUUACGGCGGUGGUGGCGGCGGCGGCGGCGGCGGCGGCUUCGGCAAGGGUUUCGGCUUCGGAUUCGGCAACGGUGGCGGUGGCGGCGGCGGCGGAGGCAUUGGUGUUGGCGGAGGCAUUGGUGGCCACCACUGA